AGGAACUUCGAUAAAUCCACGCCACUUCAUCUACUCCUUGUGCUUCGAAUCGUGCAUUCUAGGUUAAACCCACCUCUGUCACAUUUUCCACCAGGAUGUACGACGAUUACAACGACCAGUAUGACGCCUACGACGACUACUCUGGUCCUGAGGUACACACCGAGUCGUAUGACAGGUACAGAACAGUCCCCGAGGUUGUUCGCAAGUUCCUCGUCUACUUCCGGAACUGCAUCAACGAGGGAAUGAUUUUUGAGAUUCAAAAUCUCUACGAGAACACUUUCCCCAAAAUAUCGGAGCAAUUGUUCGAGAAGCAGCCGUGGCCUGAGGACACAGACAUUGCCCAUAUCGUCGAGAACGAUGCGGUUUUCCUCAUUCUCUACAAAGAACUGUACUAUCGUCACAUCUAUGCCAAGAAUCAGCCGUCGUUGGAACAAAGAUUUGGCUCGUUCUACAAUUAUUGUGAUCUCUUCAAUUAUAUAUUGAAUCCGGACGAGCCAGUACAGCUGGAGCUGCCUGACCAGUGGCUCUGGGAGCUCAUCGAUGAAUUCGUCUAUCAGUUUCAAUCAUUUUCCCAGUACAGGGCUAAUCUGGCCAAUAAAAGCGCUGAAGAGCUCGAAAAUUUAGCCACGCACCAUAAAAUAUGGGAUGUUCUCUGUGUUCUCAAUGUUCUCCAUUAUCUGGUGGACAAAUCAAAGAUCAAGAGCCAGCUCGAGGUAUUUGCUAGCGGAGGAGAUCCUGAUUCUGUUGCUGGGCCCUUUGGCAAGCACCCGCUAUACAAAAUGCUGGGGUACUUCGCACUUAUUGGUCUGCUGAGACUUCACUCACUCCUCGGGGAUUACUACCAGGCCAUCAAAGUUCUAGAGAACGUCGAGAUAUACAAGAAGAGUGCAUACUCGCAUGUCCCUGGGUGCCAGAUUUCAACUGCUUAUUACGUGGGCUUUGCCUACAUGAUGAUGAGGAGAUACUCCGAUGCAAUUAGAACUUUCUCGGGUAUUCUUCUGUACAUUCAACGCACCAAGCAGUUGUUCACUGCUAGGAGCUAUCAGAAUGAUCAGAUCAACAAGCAGACUGAGCAGAUGUAUCAUCUAUUGGCCAUCUGCCUUGUUCUGCACCCUCAAUGCAUUGAUGAAGGGCUGCAACAACAGCUCAGGGACAGGAAUUACCAUGAGAAAAUGUACAAGAUGCAGUAUGGAGAUCUUGCUGAAUUUGAAGGGUGCUUCACAUAUGCUUGCCCCAAAUUUUUAUCCUCCGUGCCACCCAGCCCUGAUAGUGAGAAAGAAGAUUACACAAAGGAUGCUAUUAAGCAUCAGACGCAGGUCUUCAUGGAUGAAGUUAUCCAGCAAAAAAUGCUUCCAACAAUCAGGUCCUACCUGAAGCUCUACACUACACUUCCCCUGAAUAAACUGGCCACAUUCAUGUGCAGUUCAGCUCGCCCUGAUGAGAACUGGGAUCUUGACAAAGAAGUUGCUGGCUUGACAAUUUAUCUUCUUUGUUUCAAACACAAAAUGAAGAAUAUAGUCUGGACUAAGGGUGCAUCUGGACUCGAUGGAAAAUUCCAAUCUGGCUCUGAGCUGGAUUUCUACAUCGAUCACGAUAUGAUCCACAUCGCAGACACGAAGGUGGCGCAUCGUUAUGGUGACUUUUUCAUCCGAAAAAUUCUGAAAUUCGUAGAUUUGAACCGUAAAUUGCAUCUUAUUAAAAUUUGAUUGUAUUCUUCAAUUCUGUACGUUUCUACGAAUUUGUAUUCAUCAGAAUAACAAAAUAAACAAGUCUCAAAGUUUAA